CGCGCGAGCUACCUGACAGUUUGCGGUGGGGGUGCACGCAGUUAGAUUGUCAUCGCUGAACCUGCUCGCGUUCGCUGGCGGGAAGACCCACCUGUCGAGCCGCACGUUUGAUUUUAAUUUAGGAGUUCAUGGGUGGCCACUCGAUCCACUGGUUUCGGAAGGGGCUCCGGCUCCACGACAACCCGGCGUUGCUGGAGGCUCUGGUGGGUUCGGAUACUAUCCGCUGCGUCUACAUCGUCGACCCCUGGUUCGCUGGUUCGUCCAGUGUGGGCAUCAACCGGUGGAGAUUUCUGCUCCAGUGCCUUGAAGAUCUUGAUGCCAAUUUGCGGAAAUUAAACUCUCGCUUAUUUGUCGUACGUGGUCAACCAGCUGACGUCUUUCCCAGAUUGUUUAAGGAAUGGAAUAUUUCCCGUCUUACCUUUGAAUAUGACUCUGAACCCUUUAGCAAGGAGCGAGAUGCAGCUAUCAAGAAGUUGGCCAUUGAGGCAGGCGUAGAAGUGAUUGUGCGGAUUUCACACACGUUGUAUGAUUUGGACAUGAUUAUACAGCACAAUGGUGGGCAGCCUCCUCUAACAUACAAACAUUUCCAGACACUUAUUAGUCGAAUGGAGUCUAUAGAAAUUCCUGUGGAAACAAUCACAGCUGAGGACAUGGGAAAAUGUACAACGCCUGUCUUUGAUGACCAUGAUGACAAAUAUGGAGUUCCAUCUCUUGAAGAAUUGGGCUUUGAUACAGAAGGGCUCUCUUCAGCCGUGUGGCCAGGUGGUGAAACAGAGGCUCUUGCAAGAUUAGAAAGACAUUUGGAGAGAAAAGCUUGGGUUGCAAACUUUGAAAGACCACGAAUGAACUCCACUUCACUUCUUGCCAGCCCUACUGGGCUAAGUCCAUACCUGCGAUUUGGUUGUUUGUCAUGUCGCCUCUUUUAUUUUAAGCUAACUGACUUGUACAAGAAGGUGAAGAAAAACAGCACCCCACCACUAUCCCUUUAUGGGCAGCUGUUGUGGCGUGAAUUCUUCUAUGCAGCAGCUACUAACAACCCUAGGUUUGAUAAAAUGGAGGGAAAUUCGAUUUGUGUCCAGGUUCCAUGGGACCGGAAUCCUGAGGCUCUGGCUAAAUGGGCAGAAGGAAGGACAGGAUUUCCUUGGAUCGAUGCAAUAAUGACACAGCUGCGUCAGGAAGGAUGGAUCCAUCACUUGGCCCGUCAUGCAGUAGCUUGCUUCUUAACAAGAGGUGAUCUCUGGAUUAGCUGGGAAGAAGGAAUGAAGGUAUUUGAAGAGUUAUUACUGGAUGCUGACUGGAGUGUAAAUGCUGGAAGUUGGAUGUGGCUGUCCUGCAGCUCAUUCUUCCAACAAUUUUUUCAUUGCUACUGCCCUGUGGGUUUUGGACGUAGAACUGACCCCAAUGGAGAUUAUAUCAGGAGAUAUCUGCCAGUCCUCAGAGGUUUCCCUGCCAAACAUAUUUAUGAUCCUUGGAAUGCUCCAGAGUGUGUACAGAAAGCUGCAAAAUGCAUCAUUGGUGUUCAUUAUCCAAAACCCAUGGUGAACCAUGCUGAAGCCAGUCGCCUGAAUAUUGAACGAAUGAAACAAAUCUACCAGCAGUUUUCUCGCUACAGAGGCCUGGGUCUUCUUGCUUCUGUGCCUUCUAACCCUAAUACAAGUGCCGGACCUAUGGAAUAUUCACAAGGCGGGAGCACACAUGGAUGUAGUAGCAUAACAACAGGCAAGAGUUUCUUGGUUAGCAGCCGAAGCUCUGGAAAACGGCCCAGUCUUGGUGAAGGAAUACCAAGAGUAGAGCCUCAAAGUCAGAGGCAAAACAAUGACUAGUGCACUUGGAAACAAGGGAAAAAUAAAAGAAUAUAAGGACGAAUUACAAGAGGGAAAGGUUAGAGUACACAUUGACCAACCUGGACCUUUUUUAUUUUUAAGAAAAACCUUAUCUGAAAUAUGGGAAGGAAAGAUUGGGAAAUACAUUCUAUAAAUGUUUGAGUCAAUUUGACAAAAAUGUAUUGUCGGAAGAUUGGAGUGAAAGGUCAUAUUAAAUCCUGCUGUAAAUAUUUAAUUUGAAUUUCUGAAGUUAAACACUGAAUUAUUGAUGGCAUGUUUAGUUAUAGACCUCUAUUUUUAUAAUAUAUUCAUAAACAAUAUUUAAAUAAUUUAGCAUUAAAUUCUGUAAUUUCUUUUUAAGUGAUGCUGCAAGUAGAGUAUUUGAUUGGGAAAUGCUUUGGUUCCUUUUUUCACAUUGGGUCUUAUAGCUGACCACUCCUUCCAGUGUCCCCCCCCCUCCUACUUCAAUUAGGUCCAACUGGCUGGCAUUUUUUAAUGGAAACUAGCCAGCACUUGGCUGGUAUUCACAUGAAGGCAUUGAGUAUGCAUCAAUCAGUAUAAACUUACACAAAAUUGUAUGACAUGCUGUAAAUACUUGCCAUAGGAUUUCAAUGCAGGAAAUACAGGGCUAGAUCUCUAACUCCAUUCAGGAGUGGAGACAAGCAGAUAUAUGCAGAUAUUCCCACUUAGCCUUGAGCAACAUGUCACAUUCUGUGAACUGCCUCUCCACAUACAGUGGGUAGCCAGUUCACUCUGGUCAAGGUCUAUAUAGGCCUGCUGUCAGAGGCUGACUGCAAUUGUCCAGUUGGCCCUCCGGGUUUGUGCAAGUAGUGGAAGAUCAUCCAGUCAACUGAAGGCAGAUGCCUAACAGCAAAGGUUGGUGGGGGAGAUACAGCAACACACUAUACUGACACGUUUGGAUGCCUCCCUGAAAACCUGGAUGUAGCUGAAGUGAUAGGCUGGUGGCCCACCUGCUGGUCCUCUGAUUUUUAAAAUAUUGCAGAGACAACCUUCCAUUCUCCCUCCAUUUCCAAGUCUGUCCAGUGUUCUUAAUUGGAUGGCAAGCUCAUUCUGUUUAUUAUUUGGACAUUUUAGGAAAAUGACAGGCCACAAGCUGUGUAGGCUUUUGACCCCUGUACGAGUCUGACAGUGGUUCAUGAAACUCAUAGGAACAUCUUUGUUUAAAAGAUCAAGGAGAAGAAAUGUAUAAUCACAAUUGCUUGCAUGAAACAUGGAUUUAGCUAACUGAAUAGCAGCUGCAAUUUGCAUUUAUAUAGCAUGUUCAAUGCAGUAAAACAUUCCAUUGUGCUUUAGUGGAGCAUUGACUUUGAGCAAUUUGUCCCACUUCCUACCCAUUCCCUUGAUAGUCAUCGAUGUGUCUCAUCUUUACAAAUUGACAGACAGGAAGUUUGUCAAUUCAGUGAGAGUGGACAGAUUGAGAGGGGCAGUAUUCAGAUAGCACUCAGUCUAUAUAUGAAAAUUAAUGCUAUAAUGCACACUAACUCUCCAACUGUGCAUAGGGUGAACACAGACUCUCACUGUCUUUGUCUUUUAAAUAUUUGUAUUGCACUUGGUGAAACUGUCAAAACACAAGCUGGAAAAUAAUGUAUAAAGAACUGUGGAUGCUGGAAAUCCGAAACAAGAACAGACAUUGCUGGAGAAACUCAGCAGGUCUGGUGGCAUCUUAGAAAGUUAUCAUUUCACAGCUGGUGACCCUUCUCGACAAUACCUGCUGAGUUUCUCCAGCUGUUCCAGUAACUGGAAAAUAUUUAUUUUUAAAGUGAAUAAAAUGUUAUACUAAAG